AAUUUGCUCAUACAACCAGCAUCAUGGAAGGCGAAAUAACAAUAGUGUCCAACCCCACGGUGAACGUACGCUUAACGAACACCAUCUCAUCCUUUGAGUCGAUGCGCAGGUUCAAUAGAGGGAUCACUAUAGCAGAACUUAAGGGAAAAUUGGAGAUGAUUGUGGGAGCAUCUCCCUCCAGCAUGGAGCUGGAGUUGUUCAGUGUCUCUGACAUAUUCCUGCAGAAGAUGGACGACAAUGAAGCUCUGUUGGGUUCCUAUCCUGUAGAUGAUAACUGCAAAAUACAUGUUAUUGAUAAAAGUGGUCAAAUUAGCGAGUUCACUGAUGUUUCCAAAGUGGAGAAGUUUGAACUCCCAGAUGACGCCUAUGAGAAGAGAACAGAUUCAGCAAGGUCAUUCAUGAAGAAACAUGGUGUCGGUCAGUUCAAUGAGGAAGAAAAGGCCAAGAAGAGAGCUGAGAAUGCUGCUCGGAGGGAGGAAGAGAAGGCUGCUGCUGAUGCUCUCUCUGUUGGUAGUAGAUGUAAGGUGCAGGUGCCUGAGCAACCCACGAAGCUUGGCACAGUCAUGUAUGUUGGUACAACAGAUUUUAAACCAGGCUACUGGGUUGGUGUAAAGUACGAUGAACCGCUGGGAAAGCACGAUGGAAGUGUUGCCGGGAAGAGAUACUUUGAAUGCGAGAACAAAUAUGGUGGAUUUGUAAAGCCCUUCAGUGUGACUGUGGGAGACUUUCCUGAGGAGACUUACGAUUUAGAUGAAAUGUAGGACUGUACUGUGACAAAAUGGGAUUUUUUUUUUUCACCCUGAAAUUUGAGCUUCAUGACCAACCAGAGAUUGUCAUGGUAAUUGUUUGGUUCUACUCUCAAGGGUAUAACCUACUGAUCAGUCACACGGUCUUUUGGUUUAAGUUCCCUCUCAUUAACGCUGAGGACACCUGGUGGAUGUCAAUGUCCGGUUUUUACAUCUCAGUGUGAUGAACACAACAGUAAUAGUUUAGGAUAUUUACACUAACGAGGUUUGAUAAAGGAGGGGAUUAGUUGCAUGUAAGGCUUCAUAAUAACGGUUACAUGUGGUUUGUCUUAUGUACUUCUGUUUCAUUUAGUUUACUUGCUCUAUCCAUAGUUGUUGCUCCCAUGCAUUCUCACUCUAUACUAAUAUAUAUAUAUAUAUAUAUAUAUAUAUAUAUAUAUAUAUAUAAUUAUCUCAGAUUAUUGAAUAAAACUGUAUUGUUGACUAGUUUAAGGAUGUACGAGUUAGUGGUGAAUAAAAAAAAGCCUCCUAAAUUUCUUUUAAAACUGAAAACAAAAUGCUAGUUGCCUUGUAUCCCAGACACACAUGAUCUCACAUAAAUAUUUAUUUCGGUGAAGCUGGACAACAUUUUUCUAAUCAAUGAUUGAAGUCACGGCUCAAUAGUCAAACUUAUUCCACCAUAUUUAGCUACAAAGUAGAAGAAGAAAUACCUAGAGUUGCCUCAAUGGUCCACAGUGCAACAAAGCUGUUAGGAGAUAUAUCAGUAUAAAAUUCAGGAAUUGGAACAUGAAAGUAGGCAAUAUUUCAUCUUUUUGUGCUUUUACUGUGUGGAACCAAAUUUCUCUCUGACUGAAUUCUUGUUAAAAAUUAAAUUGUUUGCAGAAUGUGUCCUGCUUAAAUUAAUCUUUUUGAAAUAAUUGGAACUCAGUCUGACAAAUAUUACACUUAAAUGUGAUUGAGAAAAUCUAGUCAAUGUCCUCAAUAUUCAUUUAGCUCUGAUUCAUUUAUGUGCAGUGAAUUGAAAUACACCUGUAAAAAUAAUGCUGGUACAUUUUCUAAAAUGUUGUAAAUUUGAAUGCCAAAUUCCCACAAGUCCUUUGAAGUUAAUCAACCCAUCAGUUAAUAUUACACAAGAUGUUUGUUUGAAACAGGUGAGCUAUUUUAAGUUCCUUCAUGAUUUUUUGUGUCCCAUAGUUUUUUGACCUUCCUUCCUUUGUUUAUCAUAUAGCAUUUGUUGAUCUGGCGGUGGGCUUGAGUAAUGUUCAUGUGGCUUAAGCACACCUGUUUAUAUCAAUGAUUGUGUCUAAAAUGUUUUUGCAAUGUAGCAUUUGUAUAUUUUGAUUAAAGAACAGAUUGCUUGUUUUGAAUAUUUCUUUGCUAGCCAAUCUUUUUUUUUAAAGACGUUUUUUUCUUCUUGAAGGUGCCAAAGGGUAAUGCAUAUUAAUAAAAUGAUUUGCCAGUA